AUUGUAUAUUACUCAGGAUGUCUUCGUACAUCUGAAUGUAACAUUAUAUUUCCUGACAUGGAGACUUAUCCCAACCCCGUGUAUGUACGGCUCUGGAUGAGGCCAGUUUAGCUGGCCGGUCUGUCUGCCUGCCAGUCCUCUGCAGACUUCAGGAUUGGCUGCACAGGGCUCAUCAACACCAACCACAGCAUAUUCACGCUCGAUGGAAGAAUAUUAGCCGUGCACGGCAUUUCAUACUUACAGAGCUGUAUGUGGCUGCUCUUCAAAUUUUGCAUUUUUAUGAGGAAUGAACUAAGGUGCUUCUUCUACUGUCUUCUGAACAUACUGCUGAUUCUUCUAUGGACACAGAUUGAGGUGCGGCGUCCAGUGCAGAUAGAGUAAACUGGAGAGAGGAAGAUGCCAGGCCCUCCUCCCCCACCACCCCCAGGGCCUCCACCUCCUCCCACCUUUGCUGUUGCCAACACAGAGAAGCCAAAUCUAAAACGUUCAGAGCAGCUUGGAAGGAAUGCUCUGUUGUCUGACAUCUCUAAAGGCGCCAGACUAAAAAAAGCUGUUACCAAUGACCGCAGUGGACCUUUACUGGACAAACCCAAAGGAGGAGGCGGUGGAGGUGGUGGAGGCGGGGGAGGCGGCGGUGGAGGAGGUGGAGGAGGUGGAGGAGGAGGUUGCGGGGCUCCUGCUGGUUUAGGAGGUCUGUUUGCAGGAGGGAUGCCAAAACUGAGAUCUGCAAACAGUGGUAAAAAUGACUCAGGACCCAGCCGAGGUCCCGUGCUCCCACCAGGAGUCCGCUCUUGUGGCCCCACCCCCUUCGGUGGUGGUGGAGGCUCCGCCGGCCCCCCUAAACUCCCAGGGGCCCCUGCUGCUGUCCGUAGCAAUGUCCCUGAUCUUCCCAAGGGCCGGCCAAGUUUCUCCAGACAAGACACUCCAGGAGGCCCCCCUCCUCCUGUACCCAACACACCUCGACCAAGCCAGGGCUUCCAGUCUCGUGGGGGCCCACCUCCACCGUCACUUCCUGGAGGACCCAGGCCCAGCCCAGCUUCCGGACCUCCACCUCCUAGUGUUUCACCAGGGAGGCAUGGACCUCUCCCUCCCCCACCAGGAGGCUCCGCAACUGGGCCAAGAGCAGGAUUCUCUGCACCUGCUCCUCCACCCCCAAACAGCAGCCGACCCUCCUUACCGCCCACUCCUGGAGGGAGGCCUCCACUUCCUGACGACCGACCCCCCCCACCACCAGCUCCUCUGGGGAGUCGUCGGCCAUCUAUGCCCCGCGAUGUGCCCCCUCCUCCUCCCUCUGUCAACUCCAAGCCUUCCUCCUCUGUCUCUUCCUCCCCUGCCCCUCGUUCCUCAGUGGGUGGGGGUGCGCCUCCGCUCCCGCCAGGCCGACCGGGCCCCCCUCCUCUCCCGCCCUCCCCAGCUGGAGGGGACGACCACAGCACCCCUCGUCUGCCCCAAAGGAACCUAUCACUCAACAGCAAUGGCCCAGCUCCACCACCUGGUCGGACAGGACCUCUCCCACCUCCACCAAACGAGAGACCGCCAUCUCUUGGAAGGAACCCGUCCUCCACACGCACAGGGCCUCUUCCUCCACCUCCUCCCUCAGGUCGUAGUGUGGGAGGGGGCAGUGUGAGGUCGUCACCAGCUCCUUCUCCUAUUGGUCGGCCAGGCCCGGAGCCCCCACGUGGGGGACCCGGCGGUAGACCUCCCCUCCCUCCAGACAGGCCGGGUAUUGGAGGGGCCCCUCCUCCUCCACCACCCAUGGGUAACGGCUUCCAAAACUCUCACCACAACCAGAUACAGGAUGAGUGGGAGAGUCGGUUCACUUUCCAUCCAGUGUCGGACCUUCCUCCACCUGAGCCCUAUGUGCCCUUCCAGAAGACCUACCCCAGCAUGAUUGGCAAGACUGACGGCAGAGGACCUGGUAAAAAGGAGAGAGGAGCUCCCCCUCUUCCUCCUAUACCCAGGUGAAGAAGAGGUGGCAGCAAACACAACCCCUGGAACUACUUUCGCUGUUCCCCUACCUGCCUCUCUCUCUCUGUCUCUCAGUUGCGCUCUUUGUGCUUUUACCUGCGGCAUGUGGUUUCAUCUGUGGACUGCAAAAUGUAAAAUGGACCUGAAGUAUGGUUGACCAA